AAACAAGAAAAGCUGAAGAAAAACAAAAAAGAUUUGUAAACACAACGAAUUAAACGAAAAUAUUAACAAAUAAACAAAACAACUUCAUUACGAGAUACAUACAUACAUACAUACAUACAUACAACAGCAGCAAGUUUUACAGAUGCAAAGAGUUUAUACUUUAACGAAAAUACUUCAUCAUCGUCAAAAUCAAAAGCAACAACAGCAACUACAUUUACAUUUACAGCAUUAUCAUCAGCUAUAACAAACUAAAAAAGUGACGUUAUAAGUAUCUUGAAGAUUAACUAAAAACAUGUUCAAAAAGUACUUAAAAUAGCAAAAAUUUAACAGAGAAACACGCGGUGGAGCAAAUUACUAAAGUCAAGAGAAUCUAAACUAAGAGGGGACUGUUGAAGUUGUUGGAAAAAAAAACGACAUACUAGUGAAUGUAGCUUCUUUAUAAAGAAACACUUUCAGUCAUACAUGUAGCCAUCCAUCUAUCUAUCUACUAGAACAAAUAAACAAUUAAGUGUUAUUUUUGUAAUAAGCUAGAAAAAUACACAUUCACUCUCUAUCUCUCUUUAUACUGCCCAGCAUACAACAGAAAUAAAAAAUAAACGAUAAGAAAUUGGGUGCUAAAAUGCAUUAAAGAUACAAGAUAAAUUGUUUAAAUACGUUGUUGGAUCAAGGCAUUUAGGCAGAUUUAAAACAGCAAAUAAAACAGCCGCACCAGCAGCAGCAACCCCAGUGGAAACCACAGAACCAUUACAGCAUUAAACCGAACAAUAUCGAUUUCAAGAAACAAAAGAAACUUUAUAGAGUUAUACUGGCUGCUGAGAUGAGCAACACAAAUCAAAGUCUGACUUUUUGAUUAACGUCACUUUUAGACAAAAGUUUAAAUCAACCAUUUUUUUUUAUAGUACAAUAUUUAAAAUCAAAACCUAAACUCUUAUUAGCCACUAAAACAAAAUUUGCCACUAUAAUAUAUUCUUGUUGAUAGUUAAGCUUGGAAUGCUCUGUGAACAUAUAUAUUAUUUUUUUUCACUCCACAAAAAUAAAGAUGAUGGGACGUUAUUGAACUAAGAGUAUAUUUUUUUUGUUAUUUUCCAUUUCCUACAUAGACAAGUUUUUGCAUGCUUCAACUAUACUUGUCUGCGAUAACGAAACAUUGGAAAAAAUCUACUAAACAACAGAGAAAAUAAUAAUACAAACGUUGCCAUGUAAAGUUACAACAAUUUUAAAAAAAAAAAAUAACUUUUGCCUAUAACUAAAGAACAAUAACGAUUCCUUUUUGAAAAAAAGAAGAAUUCAAAAAAAAAAAAUCUACAUAAAUUGAAACAACAACAACAACGGAAUUGGGAGGCAAUCUUUCUUAAAGAGCUUUUUUUAAACAAACAAAUAUUGGAAAUCAAGCGCCAUAUGUAGUGAGUUUAUUGUACCACACAAAUAACAAACUCAUUGUUUAUUCUAAGCAGUCGCUAGCAGCCAGAUAGAACAAAAACUCUCAAACAACAACAGCAACAAAAAAAAAAUAAUUAUUAUUAUAAUAAAAAAAACUAAAUAUUUAUAAUAAAAAAAAUACUUGUUAGCUUCCCUUCGAACCUAAAUAAAACGUGACCGUCCCAAAAAUAAAAUUUUGUAGAGAACAACAGCCACAAAUUGAAAACUAAAUGCAUUCAUCAUAAGUAAGAAUAAAAACUCCUAAAUAAACAUGGAUACUAGCAGUAAUGUAACAACACCUUUAAGUCCCGACACCUGCACAAGUUCUAGUUCUUCUUCCUCUGCACCACAAUAUAGUGAAGAUAUAAGAAGGCCUUUGAAUCCAUUGGAACUAUUACCACGUCAGGGUUCCGGUUCGUCCAACAAGACUUGUGAAGUUGAUUUGGGUGAUGAAGAACGUGAUACAUUUUCUCCUGUCAGCAGUACUAAUAUAAGUCCCAGCGAGGAUCAUAAUAUUUGCUCUACUUCGAAUAUUAUAAAUGCAGAUGCUGUUUCCUCCACCUCGGGGAAGGAUAAUAAACAUUUUGAAGGUCCCAUCCUGCCACCGCUUAAAUUAAAAAUCAAUAAUUCUUUAACGAAUAAUUUACAUCCCACACCUUCUAAAGAAGAAAAACAAAGACAAAAUGAGGAAAUUGUUAUACUGGAAACAUCAUCGAUUUCUUCAGAGACUGGUUCUUGGGAAUCGGUAUUUCCUCAGGCGGCUACCAACGCCGCUGCCAAUAACACAAUACCGCAAGCAGAUGUGGAUUUAACCAACUACUGUGUGGGUUUGUUGGAGAAGAAUUUUGCCGCCAAAGAUAAUUGUAAAUCGACGCAUAAGGAAGAGCCUUCAUCUUCCUAUACGCAUUUAGCUAUAAAAAACAAGGAUUUGGAUUGCUUAGAGCCGCUGGCUAGAGAACGUACCUAUUCGGCUGGUCAUUCGGCAACAGCUGAUACUAGUUCGUUAAUAAAAGGCAGUAGUACUUCUUCUCUGCAACGUGAUAUUCUCCUAAAUAAGGUGGAAAAUCCCAUGACUGCUUCACAAACUAGUGCUUGUUUUAUCGAUGCUUCUUCGCUGUGCGAUGAAGAUGAGGUGGAGCCUUUUAAGCCCUCAACACAAGCUCAGGUUAAGACAACAGCCGAUGAUGAUUCACCCACAAAGAAAUUAGAAACAUUCCAUAAAGCCUUUGCCCGGUGCAAAGUUAAAUCCAAGGAUCUGGCCGAUGAUGCUAAUAUUAGUACACCGCCAGACAGACCUAAAUCUUCAUCAUCAUGUUCUUCAGAUGAUAAUGCUGAAAAUGGCCAUAAAAAUGAUACUCAGUUGUCGAAUGAAUCGGUAAGUAAUUUGUCGGAUGAGGAGAAACUCUGGAAAAGGGAUCAUAAUAAUCCCAGCGAAACGGAGAAUAAGCUAAUGGAUAAUCAUAAAAAUGGUAUAAUCAAUGAUGAUCCUACCGAGGCCUCGGUGUCCUUAGCUCAUGAUGUAGACUCUUCAGACUCCUCGGAUUUAUUUAAAAUGCGUCAUCCUUUGGCCGAAAGAAAAUUUACCAAUUUCUCCUCCUAUCAUACACAGAAUCCGACACAGUAUACAGCUUUACCACUACAACACACCAAGCUACUUAACACUCACAUGGCCACGUCGAAUCAACACAAUCAAACGGGGGCUCAUAGCGAUGUUAGUUAUACUACAGAUUAUUCUUCCUCUAGUCCGGCUCCUAGUUUGGUGUGGUCCGAGCAUGAACAUAGACCUAGUCAUACAGCACAACAGCAACAGCCAGCAACGCGGCAUCAUCUAGAGGAUUAUGAAGUAACAAAGCUUAAGCCACAUUUAUUGCCGGAUACACCUCACAAUUCAAUAGUGCAUAUAGAACCCAAUACCUCUUCAAAUACGUCCUCCAUACAUCGGGAUUACACUUUGUCGUCAUCUUCCUUUUCACAUCAUCGUGAUUCUGGAGCCUAUUGCAGUGAUGCUACCGAUUCUCCGGUACCCAUGCCCCGAACACCAAAACGUUCUAAGUUUGAUGAAGCCAAUCCCAUCAUUUCGGGUGGUUCUUGCAUAGCCGACUACCAGCCGAAAAAGUGUGACAGCCCUUCUUUAAAAAGACAAAUCGAAACUUGUCCUAUUGUUUCGGGUGGUUUCACAUCGCUUGAUUUUGAACCCACCCGUCCCGUAGGGGAUGAGUAUGAUGAUGAGGUGGAAUUAAGGCACAAACCAAAACCUAGAAAACCUUUGCCCGGCAUAGCUUCUUGGGUAGUAGAUAUGGGUGACUGUCAGAAAGAACGACGUAAAAGCACUAGCUCAACCUCUAGUUUAGAGACUUCACACACUAAAUUUAGAGAGCGUACUGAUUCUAACAGUUCGAAUAAAAGUGGUUGUGGCUUCUUCAUUUCCCUCGAUGAUAUGGAUAAAAAGCCCAAAGAGAAGAAAAUUAAUACAGAAUCCCAAAUGAGUAAAUCGUUUAAUGGUCCAUCGAACUCAAAGUUUUUUGUAAAUCUCUCCACCAGCGAGUAUAAAGCAAAAGAAGACAAUGAUUUGCCUAAUCAAAAGCCAGCAACGAAACCUGAAGAAACAUCCAAUAACAGUUCGCAAAAUAACAUCUUUAGCAUGUUUAUUGAUUUCGGAAAUGGUGAUAAAAAUGCUAAAAUCAAGCCACGCAAAGAACCCUUUAGUUUGGCACAACGUUUGAGCAGUUCGUUGACCAGCCAAAAUCAAAAGAAACUUGAGGUAGAAAGUGUAAAAUCUGCUGCCAGUUCUACUGAGACGUUAAUGUCUAAAUCGAAUCAACUUAAAAAUCCUACUGAAAACGAAACAACAAAUAUCGGAGAAUCAAAGUCUUUGGAUUACAAAGUCAAUUUAGAUCCACCUAUAACAGUGGCGGCCAUACGCAGAAUAUCCAUGCAGCAAAGAGCUCAACAUGAAGCCAAUAAACGACACUCUUGGAGCAACAAUAGCAAUAAUCCUAAUGGUAAUACCGAAUAUAAACGCUCGAUUAGUUUAACCAACAAUAAUGAGGGGAAAGAUAAUGGCAAUAGGGGUCUAAUGAGUAUAAUAGAUAAAUUGCCCAUUAUUUCAAAAACUUCAUCUCUAUCCAUAGACAGUUCUCUAUCACCCUAUGAUGAUUAUACGGGUUCGAAAUCAGAACUGAGUACUAGCUCUGGUGGCGAAAGAGAAGAGGAGGGCGUUGCUGGUGGUGCCAUGGCAAAUCGUAUUAAGAAACGUCGUAGAGAUGUCCAAAUAAAUGAAACUUUUGAUAAAUCUAGUUUGGCUUCCAUAACUGAUGGUAUUCUAUCUAAAGAUCUUUCGCCUAUAUCCACAACCGAUACAGAUGAUUUAACUUUCCAACAGGAUGAAGAACAAGCGGCUCGUGAGGCUGAAGAGUCUUUAAAGAAUUUGCAAGCAGCCGCGUCAACCUCUUCUCAAAUACCCAUAUCAACUCAGAAUCUAGCCUCAUCAUCGUCCUCUUGUCGCAUGUCGAACAUUAUAAUGGAAACGAUAGUUGAAGCCAAAGAAACUUCAUCACCAAAGAAAAUACAUACGAAUCUGACAAUGGAUUCUCUGCAAGCCACCAUAGAGAAACAGAAAAUGUUGCUGGAAACUGUCAACGAGCACGCCGAGGCCGAUAAGACUUCUAGCACAACGGCCACAACAUUUGUUAAGCUUUCGGAUAUGGAUAAGCCAGUGAAGUUAGAUUUGAAAUCUCCCGAACGCAUGAGCACCAGUGUAGGUGGCAAUCAUCGGCAAAUAAAUCGUUUAUACCGUGAUGAUAAUCGAGCCAGACCUCAUUCCUGGACCAUGUCUCGCUCCACAGGAAACACUUUUCAAAAUUUUACCAAUUCAGUGGAAAAUUUGCGCAGUUUAUCCAGACUGUUUCCCAAUUUCUCUAAGGAAAUAUCCAAUUCUCUACCCAACGAUAUGGCUUUAGAUCACAUGGACUAUAUACAAACCGAUUUAAGUGCCGACUCCAGUUUGGCUUCCAGCAUUAGCAGAUCAGGCAUGGAUGAGUCUUCGAUAUCAUGUCGUCAACCCCGAAGACUGGGAGAAGAUUUGCUAAAAAUGUUUUUGCAAGAAAUCGCUACAGAUAUGAUUGUCGAAGUUCAUGGUCGGCGCAUUAAGGCUCAUAAAUGUAUUUUACGUUCUCGUUGCCAAUAUUUUGCUGCCAUGUUGGCGGGCAAUCAAUCGACUAGUGUGGUCUCGUUACAGGGUUACUCUUACUCAGCUGUGCAUUUUGCAUUGUGUCACAUCUAUUCGGGCGCUUCACAUCCACCCGAUGGCAUUAGUCUUAUGGAAUUGGCGGCUUUAGCCGAUUUGCUAGGUUUGGAAGGUUUAAAGGAAGUAACAGCUCAUGCUUUGAAAACGAAUUAUUGCCAUAAUUUCCAUAAACCCUGUUCGGGUUGUAUUGAUGGCAUUUUACAAGUACUGCCGGUGGCUUUAAAUCAUGCCUUGGAUGAUUUGUAUCGCAAAUGUUUAAGAUGGACUUGUCGCCAUUAUUUGAAGGUGUGGCCUACUCGUCAGUUUGCUCAAUUGCCUGGAGAUAUUUUGGGUAGAUGUCGUCAACAGAUUGUUGCAUACUUGACCUCCGAAUCCGUUUUGGAUUGCGUACUGGAUUGCGACAAUUUAUUAGCCCAAUUGGCUACAUAUCGUUGGGGAGGUGUUUGCGAAAAUCUAGUGCGUGACAUCUUAGAUGCUGCCUACACGUAUAUAGCAGAACAUUUUGCCAGCUUAAUAGCCAGCGAUUCUUUCCUUUCCCUGGGUCAUGAUCGUAGUUGUCAUAUACCACGUUUGGAAGGUGUGCUCCUAAGGACAGCUUCCUCACUAACAGCAGAUCAGGCGUGUCGUAGUUAUCAACGUAUUACCCGUCUUAAUACUGUGCUCCAAGCUAAAGUCAUACAAAUGCCUGCUGGUUUAGGAGAAUUGGCCAAAGAAUUACAAGGUCUUCAGGAGGAAGAUCUGGACUGGGAUGUUGAGUAUAUAAGACUUGUUAGUUCUUUGUUAUCUGCCGUCGAACAGUGUCUCAUUCGACAAUGCUCCAGGGCAAUGAGAGUAACAGCCUGGCAGAGAAUGGAUUUAGAUUUAAGAAAGAAAAUUCAAACUUUAGCCAGAUUAACAGAACCCUUAGAUUUGAAAAGAGGCAAGCCAGUUUCGAAAGCAUUUUCAUUUGGUGGCAGCACUAGAAAUCAAGAUCUGCAGCAAGUAAAAUUGGCCAUACAGGCACAUUCGAAGAAAACCUUGGCCGGCGAUACUCAGCUGUAUAAGGCCACUCAGACCCACGAUGCGGUACAGACAACCGAGCGGGGUGUGCAAGCUAAUCAUGAUUUAAGAGAAGGAACAAGUCGUGUUUUAAAAUCAAAUUCUCGUGCUCAUGUUCCACAAUCUCUACGAGGUAUAUCUCAAAGUACGGUCGGCUCAGAACGUAACAGUGUGAAUACCAAUUCCGCCACACACCGCAGAACUAAAUCAGAGGCUACAAAAUCCGCAACAACCAAAACCACUGAACCAAAGAAACCCAUUGAAACGAGAGCGGCUGAUUCUACAACUAAACCAAAACCUCAACCUCUAAAGCUGUCCGAUGUGAGGCCACGUUAUUUGGAACCCAAGAAAACACCGACUACACAGGGACCGGUUCGCAGCAGCACUAGUUCCAGCAUACCAGCGAGUCUGGCAAAGAAACAAAACUAUCAGCAAUCUUCAAGUGAAAGUUCAAGACAUUCAAGUCCUGCUGCACGUAAACAUCUCAAUGGUAAAGCGGCUACCAUAAAAUCCACCAACAACAUGUCCUUGGACAGUUUGGCUUCAGCUUCCUGUCGUCCGGCAAGAAGUAAAACUAACAAGUCUUCCGAUACUGAACGUUUCUCCGACAUAGGGGUCGAUUCAUUAAAUGAAAGCAUGAAAAGUUCAGUGAUUACCAAUAAAACAGCAUCACGAGAAUCGCUAACAUCUGCACGCUUGGCGCGACCAAAAAAUGUCAAAGCAGACAUCAACACUAAUCAAAAUCAAAAAAACAAAACUGUCAAUGGCACAACAAAACCCUCAAGACCUACUAGUUUAGGUCCACGAGCACCUAAAUAUUUACAACAAAAAAUAACUUCCACUGGCUCCAGUCCCUCAUCAGUAACCACCACCAAAUCGGCUCACAGUCGUCUAUCAUCAGUUUCCUCGAAUCAAUCAUCAAGAGAUUUAUAUAAACGCUCCAUUUCGGUACCGGGUAAGAAUGACAACCCACCGGUAACAAAACACAGUUUCCUAUCGGCCAAAUCUCGUGAAAUCUUAGCCAGACGAGCCGAAAAGGAAAAGAACAAACAACAAGAUAAUCCUAAAAAAUCACAAGAGGCUCAUAAUGCCAAAGAAGAACAAGUCAAACAAUUCAGCGGUCACCCGGUAAUGCGUUCAGCUUCCCACUCUUCUGUCAUAACCAAUCGUAAUGGACAACCUUCAAAUAUACCCACACGUAGACCGAACACUUUGCACUUGAAGAAAACCACCACUCAUGGUAUCGCUGUAAAUAAAACCAAUUCACAACAACAACAACACCAGUCAAGUAAUAACAAAAACCGCACAUUACAAAAUUCCAAUGAGAUUUAUCAAACUGCACAGGCUGUUAAACAAAAGAUCGAAUUGCUCAUAAAAACUUCCCAUCAUAAUGCGAACAAUGAAAAUAACGAUAUCGAUCAUCAGCAGCAACCAUCAUCUAUUGUGGUCGCAUCAAAAUUAGAACGUUCGAGUACAUUCUGCAAAGAUUCCGCCGAUGUCGAUAUAAACGAAUUACAAAUAAUCGAAUAAAAUGUGAAAAGGGGGUACAGGAAGAAGAAGAAGAAGCAGCACAGUGUCAAAUGAUGAUGAUGAAGAAAAUUUUAAAAGAAUAGAUGAAGAUGUGUUUUUAGAACCUUAAUUACGGUUUAUAUGGAUGAAAGAACUCUUAAAUUAAAUGAGAUUAUAAAAAAUACUACCGUUUUUUUGGAUUAUUGGAUUCUUAAAAUUUGGCUUCACAUAUUCUUAAACAGCAACUCUAGUCAAAAACAAAAGUAAUUAGUUGCUUGUUAAAAUUAAAAAAAAAAAACUUAGCAAGCUUUAGUUUGACACCUUAGAAACUUAAACCAGGAUUAAAAAAGAAAAAAAGGAAAACAUUUAAUAAUAAAAACAAAAGUUUUUGAAAAUUUAAAAAGAAAAACUAAAGCACAAUAUAAAAAAAUACAAACAAUAUUAAGUUUAUAAAAAAGCUAAAGCAGAAAUUAAAAAAAAAA